AUGAGCAGUGAAGAACCAGGGUUUGACACCACGCCAGCUGCUACGGACAAUGUUCAAGAUAUAGCCGAACAGGCUGUGAAUAGAUCUUCAGAGCCAGACACACAGAAUGAGAGGCAGCGGAAACGCAUUGACACCGAAGACUCCGAUGAGGAAGACGGGCUACCCACAGAACAGCGUCUCGAGUCUCAGCGUAUUAUAAACAGCAAUAGUGCUACCGAGGACGUUGGCUUAGAUCAAAGCUCCCGGAGACGUCAGGAGCUGGAGGACCGUCUGGACCGGCUAAUGAAAAAACCAAAGUCUCGCAGAACGAGAAGAGACGAGGACGACCUGGAACAGUUUCUGGAUGAGAGGAUUUUGAGGCUCAAGGAUGAGAUGAAUUUGGCGGCACAAAAGGACAUCGAGACCCUGAAUCGGCGGUUGGAUGGUGUGGAUGAAUCGGCGGUUGCAAUGGAAAAGGUCAAACUACUGCCCAAGGUUGUGGGAACGUUGUCGAAGGCGCAUUUGGCCGAUACUAUUCUGGACAACAAUCUGCUACAAAGCGUUCGCAUCUGGCUAGAGCCGCUACCUGAUGGGUCUCUACCGUCUUUUGAGAUCCAAAAAUCGCUGUUUGCUGCUUUGGAGACCUUACCUAUCAAAACGGACCAUCUAAAAGAGAGCGGAUUGGGUAAAGUAGUCAUAUUUUACACCAAGUCGAAGAGGGUUGAGCCAAAACUAGCACGAUUAGCAGACCGGCUGGUCGCAGAAUGGACCAGGCCCAUCAUUGGUGCGUCCGAUAACUACCGUGACAAGCGGGUAAUGAAAUUAGAAUUUGACGUGGAACAACAUAGGAAGAAGGCUAUGCUGGACAGUGCCAAGAGUAAGAAGUCGAAAAAGAGAAGAUCUGACGUGGAUGACACCAAGGGCAAAUCCGCCUAUGAGUUGGCAGCGGCAAGAAGAAACAGAGCUGCUGCUCCAUCUCAAACCACUACAGACUACAAAUUCGCACCGGUGAGUAAUUUGAACUCUGUUCCUUCAAGUGCACGUACUACCGGUGUAGGGGCCUCGUUGAACAAUAGCGAAAUGUACAAGAGGUUGAAUUCCAGACUCACGAAGAGGGGUAAAAGAAGCAAGUAG